AUGUCAUUCGAUAUAUUUUGGGAAAAGUUAGACAAAGAUUUAGCAAACAAAUUUCAAGAUUUGUUAAAUGAAUAUUUUCGGAAUUCAAGUAAUAAACCAUCAUUUAUUGGAGAUAUAGAAAUUUCCGACUUUAGUUUUGGUACUAUACCACCUUCAAUAGAAAUAGUUAACGUUACGGAUCCUUUUCUAGAAUUUUAUUUACCAGAUAAUGCAAAUGUUGAUGUAGAAUUUAAAUUUGCUAAUGAUAAUUAUGAACAUUUACCCAUCGAAUUUCCCAAUAAUUCAUCAAUUGACAAUAAUAGUACACAUUUAACGGAUGAUACAUCCGUAAAUAGUUCAUAUUUAGAUGAUACUUCAAUACAAUCAGAUGAAUUAACAGAUGAACCCGAAGUUCCAUUAAAACAAGAUAGCGAUGUACAAAUGCAUGUAAAUAUAAAUUAUAAGGGAAAUAUGAAGAUGACUAUUACAACAGAAUUGCACAUGAAUUAUCCUAGUAUGAUGUUUAUGAGUCUGCCAAUUAGACUAGCAGUUACUGGAUUUGAAUUUUCUGCUACGGCUGUAAUAGCUAGUUUGAGACAACGUGUCAAUUUUUGCUUUUUUGCACCGAAAGAUUCUGAAGAAAGUCUUUUGAAGGAAGUUCAGAUUGAAUCGGAGAUCGGAGAUAAAGAGAAACAAGUUCUUAAAAAUGUUGGAAAACUGGAAAGAUUCAUAGUUGAUCAAUUAAGAAAAUUAAUUGACGAUGACUUGGUGUUUCCUAGUUAUUAUUCAAUUGAAUUGUAG